UGGGGCCUUAGAGGCCGACUUACGACGAGCUGACUUCAUAUUUAGACGACGUGCCAUGGAAGAUGCAUACAUGGCAUUGAAGUUUAUAAGAAACAUUCAUGACAUGAUGGCAAACAAAUUUUACCAAUUUCCUUCAAAUGAAAGGUCUUUCUCUCUCAAAGAUAAAAUGGGAUUCAUUACACUCAAAAAGAAUGGGAAAGCUCUUGAUCUAUUUGCAGAUGAGGUCACAACAGACCGUAUGCAAGCCAUUCAGGAAGCUUAUUGGACUAUGGCAUCUGCCUUACUGCCAUCUAGUCCAUGAUUCUAGCACAAGUCUUAUGGCUCUGAGAACUAUCAUCUAACAGUUUUCACUAGGAUGUAACUAUCUUACAACGAUGAGUCUCGAAGCUUCAAUGCAGCUAUUUGGUGAUGCUAAGGCCAAAUAUCUAAAUCCUUAUCUAUUUCAUCCCGGUUUCUCAUAAGUGUUCUUGGUGACAUCGUACUACUAGUUUUAGUGAU